AGCGUCUAACAAUAUUAAAAUUGCUCAAGGUUUUUGAUUUAUUUUGCAGUAUUAUAUGGUGACUUAAUAGCCCUUACAGUAAGAUGAGUGCUUCUCAGUCCAGUGAACAUCACACAGAUGAGAAGAGCUGCACCGGCAUGAGACUCUCUCUUCACAGUGCAGGAGACCAUCAUGAAAAUGCUUUUGCAACCUCCUCAUAUUCAUCCUCACCAUCCUUCUGUUUGGGGGAAUCCUCUCCAGAAUUAUUGAGCAGUAGUGGGUGUACUGACAGCCCUCAAGACUACGAUUUGCUUGAAGUCACCGUAGCAACUACUUUAUUAACAGGAAGAAAAGAAAUUGUAAAGGAUGCCAUUUCCAACUCGGAGCAAGAGGACAAAAGUAUGCCCAGCAAAAAUAGUAAUGCUGCAUUUGAAAAGAUUCAAACAGCAAAUGAACGGUCAAAAUCAAAUGACAACUCUAUAUCGGUUUACCUAGAUGCCUGUGCUGGAGAACACCAUGAAAACAGAAAUGACAAUGACAACGUUGCACUGUCCCUAUCUUUAAUAUCCAAUAGUGUUGAGCAUGGUAGUAACAACAGAUAUAUAGAGAGACAUGGCUCAUUUACUCCAGACUCUGAAGCGACAGAAAUUUUUGAAGGUGAUGAUGUUGCUGAUAAUGAUGAUGAUGCUGAAGAUGAAGCUUUGUAUUUUUCAAUCAGCUCAGAUAUUGGUGUACAGAGAACAGGCACAGCGUACACAAGCUCACCUAAUCCAAGCCUAUUUAUCAGAGGUCACUCUGCACUGAUGCCUGAGGUCCAGAAGGAGGGGACUGGAACAAUGAGUGAUCAAGGAUCAGAGGUAGUGUUAGAAGAAAUACAGAUUACCUGUCCGCUGUAUUCAUUUGGGAAAACUCCUGAGGACAUUAGUGACACCCCUCACACAGAAGUUGUUUCUCCCUGUGUAGUCAGCCUUAUCCAAGAUAGCAAUGAUACUGCACAUAUGCUAAAUUGCACAGAAAAGUAUGUGAGGGUCCCCAAAGUCCCCAGGUGUUCAAGUAGACUAAAAGUCAAAUCAGAUAUUGCAGUUGUUCCCUUAGCUGGAGUUUGCAAAAUGACAAAUCGUAAUGAAAAUAGACUACUCAAAUUGGACAUUAAAAACAUCAAGGCGAAAGUUAGAUCACGACCCAGCUACUAUGCAGCAAAGACAUCUAGCCAGGCUAAAUCUAUUUCAGAAAUUGGAAGGAAUGCAGCAUCUAGGAAGGAAGAAAUUACAUCUUUUUAUGAGGCUAAAUCGCAAAGAUCAUCUGCUGGUACUGUCAAAAACGCUUUGGUGCUUAAACCCAUCCAAGGAAAGAGUACUAUCAUCAAAACCAGCCACAAGGCAGAGGUCUUUGACUACAAAAAGUCUAAAUGGCCGAGUCCAGCCUUCAGUGGAACACCGUCACACUGUACGAGUGCUGUGCACACAGAGGUGCCAGAGGAACAAUAUCGGGUCACACCUAGAAAUGUAGUCCGGGAGGUAUCUGAUAAAUGUCUAUUAAAUGUAGAGUCCAAGUAUCAGAGGACAAUACCUGGUGAAGAAUGCGUGGAGGACAAUUGGGAGGGGACCAGUGAGCCUCUACUGACUCGUACCAAUCUGGGCAAGCCAAGAAAUCAUACCUGGGUAAGUCCCUUUUUAGUCUUUUCAAUACAGUUCAUCAGCUUCAGCUAAAGUUAUUGUUCGUCAAAUGAGAUAGUGUAAAAAGAUCUGGUUUAGU